AUGACGCAUACGGAAGUUCCCAAGAUGGCGCGUGUUGUGAUCAGACGACGUCGGAGAAGGCAGUGCUGCUUUAUCGUGCUGAUCAAGUCCAGUGUUGGAGGAGCGCGGUGGUUAAGACUGAGGAGCUGCGAGGAUGUGCACCGGAGAGCCAUGGUCGGAGAUGUGGAGACAGCUGAGGGUGAUGACAGCCCGUGCCAGGUGGUGGACAUCAUGAGAGUGAACGUGGACAAAGUGCUGGAGCGAGACCAGAAGCUGUCGGAGCUGGACGAUCGAGCGGACGCUCUUCAGGCCGGAGCCUCUCAGUUCGAGAGCAGCGCCGCCAAACUCAAGAGGAAGUACUGGUGGAAGAACUGCAAGAUGUGGGCCAUCCUCAUCGCCGUCAUCCUCAUCAUCGUCAUCAUCAUCAUCGUCUGGAGCGUGUCAGGAUGA